CGAACGGCGCGUCUGGGCAGGAGCAGGCGGCGGCGGCGGGGCCGGAGCGGCGGGAGAGCGGGGCUUGGACUCGGCGGGCCGGCGGGAGCGCGGGCGGCGCCGCCAUGAACGCGGCGGUGGUGAAGCGGACGCAGGAGGCUCUGGGGAAGGUGAUUCGGAGGCCGCCGCUGACGGAGAAGCUGCUGAGCAAGCCCCCGUUCCGCUACCUGCACGACAUCAUCACGGAGGUGAUCAGGACGACUGGCUUCAUGAAGGGCCUCUACACGGACGCCGAGAUGAAGUCAGACAAUGUGAAGGAUAAAGAUGCCAAAAUUAGCUUCCUUCAGAAGGCCAUAGACGUGGUGGUGAUGGUUUCAGGAGAGCCGUUGUCUGCAAAACCAGCCCGCAUCGUGGCCGGGCAUGAGCCUGAAAGGACCAAUGAGCUGCUGCAGAAAAUUGGAAAAUGCUGUCUCAACAAGCUGUCAAGUGAGGAUGUGGUGAAGAGAGUGUUAGCUGGAGAGAAGGGGGACGGGAAGGGAAGGACCUCGCUGACGUCCAGACCUCCGGAGGCGGACAGCAGGACUGUGAGAGACGAGGAACCCCGGGCGCCCAAGCAUCAAGAGGAUAGAAGAAACUCUGAAAAAAACGAGAGAAGUACAAGCAGAGAUCGAAAACAGAAAGAAGAAUUGAAAGAAGAAAGCAAACUGAGAGAAAAGGAAAGGGACAAGGAGAAGACCAAGGAGAAUGACCGCAACCGACAUAAAGACUCCGAGAGAGACAAGUGCCAGGAAGGAGAGAGAGAGAGGACCAAACCCAGGGCCAGGCGGGGCAGGGACGAGGACAGAGGCCACAGAGACCUGGACCACGGGAAAGAGAAGAAGAACGAGGGCAGCAAAGAAAAGGAGAGGUGGAAAGACAGGGAGAAAGAGCGUGAGCGAGACAGGGACCGGCGGAGGGGGAAAAGUGGGGAGCAUUCCCGGGACCCCGACAGGGACAAGAGCAGAGAGCACGAUAAACCCGAGAGAAAGUCAUCAAGCUCAGGGGAGGUUUCUAAAAUGUUGUCAAAUGGAUCUUUUAAAGACUCCAAAGCUGAAACAGAGACCGAGGUUUCCACUAAAACAUCCAAGUCAAUGACGACAAAGACAUCCAAACGGCGAACCAAAACCUCAGUGGAAGGAACAAAAGAAGCUAAUACUAAUCCAGCUAGUGUGUCAGACGAGCGUUCACCCAGUCUGUGGCGUGACAGCACUGAGCCCGCCCCAGCCGUGCCGCAGAAAGGUGACUCCCCUAGUGAUACAGAAGGAGAAGUGGGACCUGUCGGCCACGAGAAGUCAGAGGUGUCCGAGAGUUCUGCAAUCCCCAGCGAGCCCCCCUCCCGCACCCGAAGAAUCUCUCGUCCUGGGAGUGCAAGACCCGCGCCUCCCCGGGUGAAGCGGCAAGACAGCGUGGAGGUGUUAACAGCAGACAGGAUGGGGAGUGGGAAAGCCGUCUCAAAUGUGAUCGUGGAGUCACAGAAUUCUGGUAACGAGGAAGACGAGCAGUUCAUGGUGGAGGCUGCCCCCCAGCUCUCUGAGGUGUCAGAGCUUGACGUGGUACAAGCAGUAGAACUGGAGGAAGAUGAGAAGCACGGAGGACUUGUCAAAAAAAUUUUGGAGACCAAGAAAGAUUAUGAGAAGUUGCAGCUGUCACCCAAACCUGGAGAGAAGGAGAAGUUGCCUGUCUUUGAGUCUGGGUGGAAGAAGGAAAAGGACAUCGUCUCCAAAGAGAUAGAGAAGCUCCGCGUGUCCAUCCAGACGCUGUGCAAGAGUGCGCUCCCCCUGGGCAAGACCAUGGACUACCUGCAGGAGGACGUGGACGCCAUGCAGCACGAGCUGCAGCUGUGGCACAGCGAGAACAAGCAGCACGCAGAGACCCUACGGGAGGAGCAGAGCAUCACAGACAGCACCGUGGAGCCCUUACGGGCCCAGCUUGCGGAGCUGGAGCAGCUGAUUAAAGACCAGCAGGACAAGAUCUGCGCUGUGAAGGCCAACAUCCUCAGGAACGAGGAGAAAAUUCAGAAAAUGGUGUACAGCAUCAAUUUGAGUUCGAGAAGGUGAAAGCUCAGAAAUCUCAAAGACUAGAAGUCAUCUUCAGUUGGAAAAUAAAAAGGACGGUAGAAUGUCAUUCCUUUUGAACUGUCAGCUUGCUAAGAAAACAAAUGGUUUCCAAUGUUAUCCAACUAAUUUUCGGAGCUUUAAAACUGUAGACGUAUUAGUGUAUAGAAAAGACCGUGUGUUCCUACCUUCCUCCAGCUAGAAUACUUGCUAAUUAUAAAUAGCUCUUCAAAACGUCCGUGUGAGAAGUUUCUUUGCGAGCCUGUCCUGUGUGUUUCUGCAGAAGACUGUUGCGUUUAGUUCUGUACCAGAAUUUUCAGGCAGUAAGUGGCCUUGGCACACCAAGGCAAACCGUAGUCGUUGACUUCAGGUUUCAGGUCUAGUGACAGGACUUCCAUAAGUCAAGCACUGAAUGAAGGAGGAUAGGCGUUUUAUAAAUGGAGUGAGGCCUGAAAAUGAAUGAACUGUAUUUGUAGUUCAGUUCCACUUGCACAGCGUUCAUUUCAGCCUAUACCUUUAUAAAGGGACAUGGGAGCUUUCUUUUAGCCUCUCUAUAUUUGCAUGUGCUUCUUCGUGUAAUUUUCUUAUUGGUCCCUAUUGUCUUUUGCUUGUGUUUCUAGCCCUUAAAAUUCAUAAAUUUCAAAAGGAGAUUCGAGGUGGCCUUCAUGACCUUGUCUGGACAUAGGGUUGUCCCCGGCUGUCCUCUCCUUCUUCAGCAUUUGCCCCUGCUUUUCCCCACGGCGGUGCUGGUGGGGCUCGGCAGGAGUCCCUGUUUUCUGUAAGAAGAGGGCUUGCUCUCCAAGGAAUUGGCGCCAUGUCCUUUCCUUCUCAUAGGUGUGUGCACCUGUGCACCUGAGAGACAGGUAGCUUAGGGAAAACGGCAAAAGGAAGACUUACAAGGAUGCACGGAUUUACAACAUUUUUUGAUAGGACCAUUUUGGGGGGGAAAUUAUUUUUUAAAGCAAAAAUUUUUUGUUUUUGUUUUUUUUAAAACAUGGUUUGUAUUUAGUUUUUCACAUACAUAUAAUUCUGUAAAUACGUCUUCAAGUGUGGGUGCAAAGGAUUUCACUAUUUGGAGACAUGUUUACUAGUCUUAGGUGUGGGUUCUGAUAUCUUGUAUUUAUUAUGUAAACCAAGAGUGCCAGGUUAAGUGUUAGAACUGCCUGAGGAGGUUUUGUUCCUUUAAGGAUCAGCACAAAUGGCACAGUAUAGUUUUUUCUUAGUGUGAUUUCCAAAAUGAAUCUUUUACUCAGGUAGUUAUAUGAUUUUCUAAGCCAAGUGCAAGAUCAGAUUAUUAAGACCUACCAUUUAGAAACACUGGUCUUCUUCUCC